UGCUUGGGUAGCGUUCUCAUACUCAGGUGUAAGAAUGCUGAGGAUAUCAGCUGAUCAUCUCCUGCUGUGGAGCUUCAUGAUUUUAGUGUCAUCUGUCCACUCAGAUGGACUUGACCUCUAUGAGGUGGUUCGACCAAUCAGACUCCAUGACCUUCAUAAAAGAUCUUUAGAGUCCACCAGGCCUGAUACUGUGAAAUAUGCCAUGAAUGUUAGCGGCAAACACAUUGAAAUGCAUCUAGAGAAAAACACUGAUUUUAUAACCGAUGGUUACACUGAGACUCACUACAUGAGCGACGGAACUCCAGUCGUAACUAAACCUGUUGAAAUGGAUCUCUGCUACUACCAGGGGAAGAUCAUGAAUGACAGGAACUCAAUGGUCAGCGUGAGCACCUGUGAUGGAUUACGGGGAUAUUUCCAGACUGCAGAACAGAGGUUUAUCAUCGAGCCUUUGUCUGAAGACACUGAUGGUGACCAUGUGGUGAUGAAGUACGAAGAUGUGAUUGAUUCUCCAUCUGUAUGUGGAGUCACCAACACUACCUGGCAUCCUGUACCUGAAGGCUUCCCAGGGUCUUCCGUUGACAGAUCUAAUGCUCGCAUGUCAGGACAAACAAAGUUCCAGCAAAAGAAAUUUAAUGAAGUCUUCCUUGUAGUGGACAAUAGAAUGUAUUUGGAGCUGGACAAUAACAUCACCAAAGUGAGACAGAAGAUCUUCGAUAUUCUCAACUUUGUUAACGUUGUGUAUAAACCGCUGAACACUUUUAUCGCUCUUAUCGGUCUGGAAAUUUGGACAGAUGCUGAUAAGAUUGCGGUGACUGUAUCUCCCGGUGACACACUGAAAGCAUUUACUAAGUGGAGAAAUGAAGAUCUGAUGAAGAGGAUUAAGCAUGACAAUGCUCAUCUGAUCACUGAAAUUGACUUUGAUGGAAUGACAAUAGGCCUGGCUUUCGUUAGCACCCUAUGCACAGAAUUUUCUACGGGAGUCACCCAGAACCAUAACACACGAGCCAUAGCUGUAGGUGCCACUUUGGCACAUGAGAUGGGACAUAACCUUGGAAUGGGCCAUGAUAACAGCUCAUGUGCAUGUGCCGGGGAGACCUGCAUCAUGGCUGCCUAUCUGAGCUACAACAUCCCACAGCUCUUCAGCACCUGCAGCCUGGCCAACUAUGAGCAGUUCCUGAACUCCCGGAGCCCUGAGUGUCUCCUCAAUAAACCACAAGCCAAAGACCUGCUCCAGCCUGCGGUGUGUGGCAACGGCUUCCGAGAGACCGGAGAAGACUGCGACUGUGGAUCUGAGUUGGAGUGCACCAACCCAUGCUGCAAUGCCACCACAUGUACACUCACAAAGGGCUCAGAGUGUGCAGAAGGAGAGUGUUGUCAGAACUGUAAGAUCGCUGACACCUCCUUGCUGUGUCGUCCCAUGCGUGAUGAGUGUGACCUGCCUGAAUAUUGUACAGGAAAUUCAAGCUCAUGCCCUGAGGAUUUUUUUGCUGUGAAUGGUUUGCCCUGUAAAGACAGCACUGGCUACUGCUACAAUGGGCAGUGUCCAAAACGGGCCGAGCAGUGCAUCAAAAUGUGGGGUUCAGGUGCCAUUGUAGGGGUUGAUAACUGCUACAACCAGAACACAAAGGGACAAUACUUUGCUUAUUGUACACGACCCAGCAAUUACCAGUUUAUAGGGUGCCAGAUACAGGAUGUCAUGUGUGGGAAGCUUUUCUGCGAUAAAGGCCAGGCCAACCCGAACUAUGGCCGCUACUUCCCGCUCCCACAGGGCAACUGCAAAGCCACUUUUUACAGCGACAGUACCCAGGAUUUUGGUCAAGUGGACACAGGGACCAAGUGUGGUGAAGAGAAGGUGUGUAGUAAGAACCGGUGUGUGAGUUUAGACAUCGCCUAUAACGCAACCAACUGCACAGCUGAGUGUGGUAAAAACAGGGUGUGUAAUCAUAAACUGCAGUGCACCUGUGCACCUAACUUGCUUCCACGUGACUGUGUGAUGCUAACCAGCAGAUCUCAGUCUACAGAUACAAGCAUCGCUGUGGCUGUUUUUCUCCUGUUGGGGGCUGUUUUGGUGUGGCCAUCUACUGUAUGAAAUGUAGGAAGAACCAAAGCAGGCUUCUUCACAGGAGAUCACAACCUGCACAGAAUUUUUCAUAAAAAGUACUUGAAGAGCAUUUAUGCUGUAAAAUUAUUUCUAUUAGAAGCCUUUGCUUGUUAAAACUAUGACCAGGAAACUGAACACAAGUAAAUGAAUGAACAAGAGAAUAAAUGAAUGAAUUAACAAAUAUAAGUCUAUAUGUAGCUUUCUUUUGCGCAGAGCUUUCUAUAAUAAAAUUAGAUUACAUAACUAUCUGUAUAUCCCACUUUAGGUACAAUAGUAAAUUUCUGCUUCUCAGGUUUAUUGCACUAUAAUAUUACAGUUUAGGUCCAUUAUACAUUAUAUUAUACAUUAUACAUUGUUUUCCCAGUUUGUUGUGUCACAUGAAGUACAUAGUAGUCACCACAGCUCCACUCUAGCGACUGAAUUAGGCACCUGUAUAAUAAAUACACACAUUUUGUAAUUUAUUUCACAGUACUACUAAGAUUCUUGGCCAUUGAACUAACCCAGUCCACCCAUUUGAACCUACAACAUAUCAAUAUACCCAACCAUAUGAAAAAAGAAAACAACAAUCCACCAAAACAACCAAUUCCCAACUAACUGAAUGAAUGCAAACUCACCACUCCAAGC